AUGACUGGAAUUUCACUUGGAUUAACAUUAAGUGUAAAGAUGGUUGGUUUAUUCACAAUACUUAUGAUUGGUACAGUGGUGAUUAUUGAUUUAUGGGAAUUAUCAGAUAUAAGGCGUGGAUUAACAUUAGAACAAUUUAAUAAGCAUUUUUUAGGGCGCGCAUUUGGAUUAAUAAUUGUUCCUAUAAUUGUUUAUUUAUUUUGGUUUUAUAUUCAUUUUGCAAUAUUAAAUACCAGUGGACCAGGUGAUACAUAUAUGAGUCCAGAGUUUCAACAAACUUUAUAUAAUAAUUCCUUGCUACUUGAAAGUGAAUCAAUCAACUACAAUGAUACAAUUACUUUAAAACAUAAAGGUACAAAAGUAUAUUUACAUUCACAUACUCAAAGAUAUCCAAGAGUUUAUGAUGAUGAACGUAUAGGCAGCGCAGGACAACAAGUAACUGGUUAUCGUUUUCAAGACGCCAAUAAUCAUUGGAGAAUAAUUUCACCACCAUCAUCAAUACCUCUACAACAAAGACCCGAAAAUGGUUUGAUUAAACAUAAAGAUUUCAUUAUGUUAGAACAUGUAAACACCAAUACACUGCUGCUAACUCAUGACGUGGCAAGUCCGUUAAUGAUUACAAAUCAAGAAGUCACAACUAUAAACAUCACUGAAAAUUAUGAUAGAAUAAAUGAUACUAUAUUUCAAGUUUUUAUUGAAAAUGAUGAUAAUUGGAAAACUAAAUCAAGUUAUAUAAAAUUGAUACAUUGGAAAACUAAUGUUGCAAUAUGGACACAUGAUGCUAAAUUACCAGAAUGGGCAUUUAGUCAACAAGAAGUUAAUGGAAAUAAACAGAUUACUAAAGAUUCUAACAUUUGGAUAGCAAAUGAAAUAAUUCGUGCAAAUGUAACAAGGUCAUUAGAAACAAAAAAACCAAUACACAGUAUGUCAUUUAUAAGGAAAUUUUUUGAAUUACAACUGUUAAUGAUCGAGCGCAAUUCCAGAAUUGUAUCACCCCAUCCUUAUCAAAGCCGGCCAAUCGAUUGGUUAUUUUUAACAAGUGGUAUAUCAUUCUGGACAAAUAAGGAAGAAAGGCAACAAAUUUAUUUAUUGGGUAAUCCAAUCAGUUGGCUACUUUCUGUUAUUUCUAUUUUCACCUUGAUAUUAUUGAUUAGUGUAGAAACAAUUAUUAGAAGACGUGGUGUCAAACUGUUUAACGAUUUUCUUUAUGGUCAUUUGGAUGAUCCUCACAACCAAGAAAUUAUUAGAGGACAAAGUUACCUUAAAUUACGUCCUGAUCAAGUAGCUGUUCCAACAACGGUUCAUUGUGACCAUUUAAUUGAGGCUCAAACAGGUGGUGUCAAAGAUCUGGAAAGAGCAAUAUCAACCAAUGCUGAAGUUUAUGAAUUUUUGUCUUCUGUUAGUGCAAAAUAUGAUAUUGGGGUUUGGAAGCCUGGUUCUGGUAUCAUCCAUCAAAUUAUUUUAGAAAAUUAUGCUUUUCCUGGUGGCCUUAUGAUUGGUACAGAUUUUCAUACCCCAAAUUCUGGUGGAUUGGAUGUUAUACCUAAAGCAUCUGGAAUUUUAACUGUAAAAGGAGGCACAGGUGCAACCAUUGAAUAUUUUGGUCCAGGUGUUGAAUCAUUACCUUGUACCGGAAUGGCUACUAUCUAUAAUAUGAGUGCUGAAAUUGGUGCUACGACAUCUAUUUUUCCAUUUAAUAGUCGUAUGAGUGACUAUCUUCGUGCCACUAAUCGUGCUGAAAUUGCUGCCUUUUCUGAUUCACUUUCUCACAAUUUAAAAUUAGAUGAAAGUGUCAAUUAUGAUCAUGUUAUAGAGAUAAAUUUAUCUGAAUUAGGGUCUCAUAUCAAUGGACCAUUUACACCCGAUCUUGCUAUCCCUUUGAGUAAAUUUAAAGAUACUGUAGAAAAAAAUAAUUGGCCCUCAGAAUUGAAAGCAGAGAUACUUACUAAAGCUGGAGGCAUUGUCUUGGCUAAUGCUUGUGGUCCAUGUAUUGGACAACGGGACCGUCAAGGUGUGAAGAAAGGAGAAAAAAACUCUAUUAUAACAUCCUAUAAUAGAAAUUUCACUGGACGUAAUGAUGCCAAUCCUGCAACACAUGCUUUUGUUACUUCUCCUGACAUUGUGACUGCAAUGCUUUUUUCUGGCGAUCUCAGAUUCAACCCUCUUAAAGAUGCUUUGAUUGGUAGUGAUGGAAAACCUUUUAGGUUCGAAGGUCCAAAUGGAAAUGACUUGCCACCUCAUGGUUAUGAUCUUGGUGUAGACACUUAUCAAGCACCUCCAGAGGACCAUGUUUCUGUUCAAGUAUUAGUAGAUCCUAAAAAUAGCAUUUCAAAUAAUAUGUUAUUGGAGCAAUCAAUUCUGAAAAUAGUAAAGCCAAUUCAGUUAAAACAAUUUUUACUGGAGAAUAUGACCAGGGAUUAUAAAUCCAAAGGUGUUUCUUGGGUUGUAAUUGGUGAUGAAAAUUAUGGUGAGAGGUCUUCUCGUGAACAUGCAGCACUUGAGAAACAAGGAGUUUUACCUCUUACAUUUUUUGAUCCUUCAGAUUAUGAUAAGAUUGAUCCAAUUGAUAAAAUAUCAAUUAUAGGACUUACUGAAUUUGCCCCCGAAAACCCUUGA